AGCAGCAGCUAAAAACAACAUUAACCUGCAAAUCUGAGAUUAUCUAUCAACCUAGAAUUCUCUUUUUUCUUUAUAUUAUCUGUAUUUUAUUUAAAAACAAAUCUUUGGAAUUUCACAAAGUUUGAGACUUUGAGCUAAUUGAUAUUAACCCAGGAGUAGGUAUGAAACAGAAGAUCAAUAGCAAAUAGCAUAACAUUUUCCAUAGAUUGGUAUUAUUAUAUCAUCCAUCAAUCUAUGGCUACUUCUAUGAAGAUCAAGACAGGAACGCAGGAUGGUUCGUCAAAGGGAAAGAUUGGAUUUUCUGUCACUAAAAACAAGAUUGGGAGCUCAUCAACCAAGCCUGGAGCUGAUUCCAAGCUGAAAUCUGUUCAAACUGUCACAAAAACUGAGGUGAAAUCAAAAGUGACCACAAAGAGGACGACUACGACGAGGGUGAAGAAGGUGUUCAGUUUGGCUGGACAGAAAUAUGAUCCUCCUGAAGAGAGAGAACCUUUGAGGAUUUUCUACGAGUCAUUGUCGAAACAGAUACCAAGUAGUGAAAUGGCUGAAUUCUGGAUGAUGGAGCAUGGUUUAUUGUCCCCUGAAAGAUCCAGAAAAGCUUUUGAGAAGAAGCAGAGAAAGCAAAAGCAAAUCAGGUCAGGAAUUCCUAUCAAGUCUCCUCCAAUUAGGUCUCCCCCACUUAGGUCUCCCCCACUUAGGUCUCCUCCACCAAAACCAGUUUCAAAACCACCGAGCAAACCAGAGAGUUCACAGAGGCAACAGCAGGCAUCUAAGAAUGGUGAUGUAAAAGCCAAGAAGAGAGUUGUUGCUGAAAGUGACGAUGACGACGACUUCAUUUUAAGUCCCAAAAGAAGGAGAGGGUAAGUAAAAAGUAAAAUAAUCCUCCAUUCCUUUGUAUCAGUGUACUCUUAGAAAUUGCUUAUUUAGUUUUCAUCAUUCAACUCCAAAAGAAAAAAAAUAAAAAAAGAUGGAAGAUGUUGGACACAGAGUAAUAAACAAUCUGAUAGAAAAAGACAUUCUUUAUAUUGUAAUUCUGUAACUUAUGGAAACAAUAAGCAAAGCCUUUCAAUUAACUUCUGUUUCAUUUCCUAAACUUGGUGGGGUUUUAGUGCUUCAUCUCUUGUAUUCAUCAGUGCUCAAGAGCCUUGUGAAGUUAACUGAUACUUCCGGUUUAGGCUCUAGUGAUAUCAAUUGCCAUUCAGGAAAC